AUGCCGAGGUUUGCGUCCGAGGAAGGCGGGCGGGGGAUGAGCGGGCACCUCCCAGCCUUGCUGUCGUUUUGGGUUAGUGCCUUUAGGAAAGCCCCCUCCUCCUGCCGGGCCGGCGUGGCCCUUGCCAAGGGGUCCCCCGGCCCCGUCAGCGCGGCUGCUGUGAAUGCGCUGCAGUUCCUGCCUUUGCCUGUUAAAUCCAAGCCUGGGUGGUCGGGGGGGGUGUUGGUGACCCCCACAGUGCCUGAAUCUGUGAGCACCCCGAUCGGCAUCUACGCCGCCGGGGCCCUGGCGCUGCUGGGAAUAGCCGCCCUCAACCUCUGGAAGCUCUGGCGCUCCGGCAGCUACCCGGCGCCUUCCCCCUUCCCCAACUAUGACUACCGAUACCUGGAGCAAAAGUACGGGGCGGCGUGUUCGGAUGUUAAACACAAGCGAGGGAUGGCCCCGGGCUCGCAGAGGGCGCCGGACAGGACCUCACCCAUCCGCAAGGCCAGCCUGCGGGCGGACGACACCUUCGAGAGCAUUAACGAGCUGGGGAGCCUGGAGCUGAUGAGCAAAGACCUGGGCUUGGCCCCCUACGGCCCUUUGAAGAAAUCCAUCUCGGCCGACUCCCUCAGCUCCAUCUCCUCCAUCGGGAACAACUUUGGGCAGGAUUUCACGGUGGGGCAGGUGGAGGUGUCCAUGGAGUACGACGGGAAGGCGGCCACCUUGCACGUGACGCUGCUGCAGGGCAAGGACCUGCUGGAGAAGGAGGACGCUCGCUUCGAGUCCUGCUUCAUGCGCAUCACUAAGGUUUCUGUUGUACCCUUCAUCCGGAGACCCCAGAGCUCCCUGUCGGCUGCAGCCAGCCCUGGGCAAUCCCCCCCUUCCCCGCGGCAGAUUCAGCGGAGCGCCUACGCCGUGGCCUUCGACGAGCGCUUCUCCAUCCCGCUGGACCCGGCGGCGCUGGAGGAGAACAGCCUGCGCUUCUCCGUCUUCGGCAUCGACGAGGACGAGAGGAAUGUCAGCACCGGCGUGGCCGAGCUCAAGCUCUCCGACCUGGACCUGGCCACGCGUCCCUUCAACGCCUGGCUCUACCUGCAGGACAUGAACAAGGCGGUGGACACGGUGGGGGAGAUCCUGCUCUCCCUGAGCUACCUGCCCACGGCCGAGCGCCUGACGGUGGUGGUGGUGAAAGCCAAGAACCUCGUGUGGACCAACGGCAAAGUGACCGCAGAUCCCUUCGUCAAGGUGUACCUGCUGCAGGAUGGGAGGAAGAUCAGCAAGAAGAAGACAGCGGUGAAGAGGGAUGACACCAACCCCGUGUUCAACGAGGCCAUGAUUUUCUCGGUGCCGGCCAUCGUGCUCCAGGUCUGUCCUGGCUCGGGGGGGAGAAGGGAGGGGAAAAACGUGCUGUUUGGAUCCUGUGGGCUCCUGGCCCAAGCAAGGGCCAACCCUGGGAGCCCCGACUGA